AUGAGGAAAGCCAUACAACCCAAUCUCACGACUAUCAACUUCCCACUAAAACCCAAAAGGACUAUCGACAAGCCGCAGCAGAAACUUGUCUCAAGACGUCUGUCGUUGAACCGCACAGAGUCUCCGCGGAGACCUAACACCUAUUCAUCCCCGAUCCCCAGCACUUCUCGAGAAGCCAUCGGCAAGUAUGGAACAUCACCCAUCAGCGUUCCCCCCUAUCUCCCUACCUUCCACAUCUCUAACCUGCAAUCCGCUAUAAUCUAUUUGGUGGAAAUGAAACCAAUAUAUCAAAACAACGCAACAAACAAAGCCCCUCUCGUCUCCAUCACGAUACACAUCAACCUCCGAUCCCGAUCCCGAUCCCUAAUACCCCAUCUUGUUCUAUCUUAGCAUCACCAAUCCAUCGCACCUCAAUCAAAUCAAACCAAACUAAACUAAAGAUCCCUAGUUAAAAGCGCGCGACACCAACAUGCAGUCAUCAGGGGGGCUAUCAACUAACCAACCAACUAACGUAACACACAAACCAUCAAAACAUCACCCUAAAAAAAAGCCCCCAUCAACCGCCUAUACGCCACUCCUGCAAGGUACCAACAGCCCGCCAACAGCCCAAC